UUUUCCACGUUAUCUUACAUUUCAAAAUGGAUUAAAUUAAUUUUUACCUCAAAAUUCUGCACAAAAUACAAAUUGAACUGAGCCCAGGUGUAUAUCCUGUUUCCACUGAUCAUCCUUCAGAUGUUUCUACAGCUUGAUUGGACUCCACCUGUGGUAAAUUCAGGUGAUUGCACAUGAUGUGGAAAGGUACACCUGUCUAUAUAAGGUCCCAUACUUGACUGCGCCUGUCAGAGCCCAAACCAAUCCAUGAAGUACAAGGAAUUGUCUGUAGACAGGAUUGUAUUGAGGCACAGAUCUAGGGAAGAGUACAGAAAGAAAUCUGUGGCAUUGAAGGUCCCAAUGAGCAUAGUGGCCUCCAUCAUCCGUAAAUGGAAGACGUUUGUUACCACCAGGACUCUUCCUCGAGCUGGCCGCCCGGCCAAUCAGAGCGAUCGGUGUAGAAGGGUCUUAGUCAGGGAGGUAACCAAGAACCCGAUGGUCACCCUCACAGAGCUCUCUGUGGCAAGAGAACCUUCCAGAAGGACAACCAUUUCUGCAGCACUCUACCAAUCAGGCCUGUUUGGUAGCGUGGCCAGAAAAGCGGGGGGGGGGACUCGCACCCGGGAUCACAAGCCACUCAGUUUUGGCAGAAUGGAUUGGGAGUCUAGUCAAGGAGAGAUGAAUGCAGCAAUGUAGAGAGACGUCCUUGAUGAGUCCUCUGGACUUCGGACGGGGGCAAAGGUUCACCUUUCAACAGGACAAUGACCCUAAGCACACAGCCAAGAUAACAAAGGAGUGGCCCACGCAGAACCCAGACCUGAACCCCACUGAACAUCUCAAGAGAUCUGAAAAUGGCUGUGCACCGACGCUCCCCAUCCAACCUGAUGGCGCUUCAGAGGUUCUGCAAAGAAGAAGGAGAGAAACUGCCCAAAAAUAGGUGGCCAAGCUUGGAGCAUCAUACUCAGAAAGACUCGAGGCUGUAAUCGAUGCCAAAGGUGUUUCAACAAUGUAUUGAGCGAAGGCUGUGAAUACUUACGUACAUAUGAUUUUUUUUUAUUAUUUUUAAUAAAUUCGCAAAAAUUUCAAGCAAACUUUUGUUCACCUUGUCAUUAUGGGGUAUUUCGUGUAGAAUUUACAGGUAAAAAAUCUAAUCCAUUUCAGAAUAAGGCUGUAACGUAACAAAAUGUGGAAGACGUGACUAAGGGGAAAACUUUCCGGAUUGACUGUAAAUGUUUGGCAGAGAGACCGACCGCCCUGCCCUCUGCUCACCACCAGAGCCAUGAGCAGUGAAACGUCAAUCUGGCACCUCCUUGGGUUGAACUUUACCUGCUUUGAAUCAGUUUAUAGCUGCCUGGUUUUAGCAGGGCAGCGGGCAUGCUUUGUACUGUACCAGUUCCCUUAUUUGCCACUGUUUGAAUAAACCAAAUUACCAAACUGGAAAAUGUCAACACUGCCACUGGAUUUUGUGAACUAUAAAACAAGGAUAUUUAACGCUGCCAGACAUUGUGUCUGGGAGGCUGUUUUUUGUUUUUUUGCAUCUUUGAAGUUUUUUUUUUGUUUUUUUUUGGAGGGGGGGGGGACUUCCCUGCGGUUUUCCCCUGAUUUCCUCAUGCGGACCAGAAUGAAAGAGAAAAUACUGGUAGAUGCAUAAGCUCCAGAGGGACGGACUGAUUAACGGGACUUAAUGAGGGUGGGUUUCCAAUGGACGGUGUCUGUUUGCUCAGACACAGCUGAGCGGGUGAUAAGGGCGAUCUUGUUCCACUGUUAACGGUCAAAUAGUGCACCCCCGUGUACCACACUGAACAAUCGACCUACUGGACUUCAUUACCAAAGGGUGUUAUACCUGGCUUUCUGCAUUAUAUAACAAAUAGCACUGCUGCUGUGUGGCUCAGCCACUAAAUAAGUUGUGCCUAUGAUCAGAUGGGUGCUGGUUCAAAUCCUAGGGUCAGCAGAGUGAUUUCCGUGGUGGGUCAGUGGGCAAGGCCCUUAACCCCGCCGAAUCUGAUAGAAGCGUGUACUAAAUGAAUAAAAUAAUGAAUAAUCUGACACAUUUAUUUCAAACAUUCUGGAAAUUACUAUUACAGUCUGUGGGUGGCUUGUCAUACAGUGACCUUAUACAACCAUGAACUUUGGCGAUUCCGAAGCAGUGCCACUGUAAGACCUGACACAUAACCGAAUGGCAACUGCUCACUGCUGCCGAUAAACCAGAAAAUGGUGGUUUGGCUGUUUCCUGCGCAGAUGGGAGGCAUCUGCUGCGACCCCAUGUACUGCGGUGCCCUUUCAGCUUAACUUGUCAGCGCCGCAUUAGAAUCACUGAUUGAGUCCACACCCAAGUUGAGGCUCUGGAAUCUUCCGUGGAUUCCUGGGUUCCUGCUAGAGCGGCGUGCCAGUUGCUAAUGUCACAUAUUGUGUUUGGUUGCUGCAGGUUUUACGUGCCACUCCUAGGCAACAUGAUAAAAGACCUGGAAAUAGGCAGGUAUUGUCUCUAUUCACCAAGUGGCCAAAAAGGCGAAGUGAGAGAAUGUCCCUGCUGACCAUCUAAUCACCAUUCAUCUGAUGGUUUCCCAAAUCACAAAAAAAAACACAUGUGAAACUCAGCUGCUAUCCAGCCUCCACACUUUUUUAUUUUCAGCAGCAAGAUAAGGUAGCUCCCAGGGCUGCCGCUCCGAUACGUUUUUGGAUCACGACCCGGACCAUCUACCGCCUCCGUCUCACUCUCUGCUCCUCGCUCGUCACAUCGGCAUCCAUGUGAUUUGGUGGCUCGCGUUUGAGAUCCCCAGGCCCAGGGGGUGCGAUCUGACAGCCCUUCAGAGGAAAGGGGGGGGGGUGGUCCCACAGCCAUGAUCCCCUUCAAAGAGGUCCUGGGCCAGGUGAAGAGGACCCUGCGGGAAGCCUCGCCCCCGGAGAUUCAGGGGCUACUGGCGGAAUUGACCGAGGCUCACGUCCUUUCCAGGGACUACUGCCUGUUGCUCUCCCAGGAGUGGGAUUCCGAGGAUGUGGCACGGAGGAUUUCACUGCCUGUGUGGCAGAAUUGGGAUCUCUGUUGUGGUGCCAUCGGAGCGGUGCUGGAGAGAGCGCGGGACAGCGCCAGUGCAUCCUGCCAACCCUCCUCCAACGGAGCAGGGAUGCAGGAAAUGACUUUAGAUCCACUCGGGUUCCUGGAACAUAUUUCCAUCGAGGACUUUGAUGAUUAUGCAAUCUUCUCACCAAACCCGCAUGACGAUUUGACAGAAGACGGAGACUUAAAUGACAGCAUUGAGACCCUGAUCCGGAUUCUGAGUGAGGAAGAAUCCCUCAAUGGACUGACAGAGCCUUCACUUCCCGAACCAGCCAGUUGGGAGCCACCUGAGACCAGUUUAGAGAGCAAGAGGCCAGAGAAGAAGAGAGAACGAAGCCAUUCAGCAAGUCCAUCCCGCGGAGGUGCUCCCAGGAAGCGCAGCAGGCGAGGUCCUGCCGGAAGUCGUGUGUCAAAGAAAACCCGGGGAACAGAGUCACGCAGCGGCCAGAUGGCCCCCAGCAGUCCUAAGACCCCAAAUGGGCCUGCCCUGCCACCCCCCCAGGGACUCCUCCAGACCAUCCACCACCUGCUGCCCCUUUCCAUCUCCACGGCCUUCGUCAACGCUUGUGAGGGUGCCACUGCGAUUCAGCUUAUCCCAGCCGUCACAUACCCACAGCAGGUCAUAAACAUCUCCGUGCCCAAUCCAGGACCUCCCACUUAUGUCAUUGUGCCCCAGUCGCACCUGCCGCCGGUGACUCACGUCAUGCCGCAGUCUCCUGGCACUGGGGCUGCAGUUCCCUCUGACUUCAUGGUCUCCACCCCGGGCAGUUCUUGUUUGGACAGUGCAUUCCAAGCCUCAUAUCCGGAACAGACUCCCACCCCAUCUCCCACCAGAGAUACGUCGCCUUGCAAAGAAUCGCCAGUCCAAACCCCUCCAUCUGAACCUGCGCCAGGAAAACCCAAAUGCGCUGAGGACUAUACUCAGUCAGUCAAGGCCCUGAUGAGGGAAAUCGCCCGGAAGACGGACCCAGAGAACGAGAUGUCCGUGGAGUCCCAGUACAUCGACGUUCCCCUGGUCCAGAGGCAGAUACGACUUAAGACUGGGAAGAAUGCGAGCAAGUGUCUGGAGAAGGAGCUGGUGAUGCUCAGCGACGCUGACAGCAAGAGGGCCGUGCUACACAUGGGGCAACUUUUUGAGGACAUGGGGCAGAAGGGCGGCCGGCUGAUUGCUCUGCUCGGCAAGGCCGGUGGGGGCAAGACCGCAUUCGUACAGAAACUCUGUCUGGACUGGGCAGAUGGCAACCUCCCCCAGUUCGAGUAUAUCUUUGUGCUGGACAGCAAGGUGCUUAACCUCCCACAUACAACCUAUAGCCUGAGGAAGCUCCUGUUCGAUCUGUCCUCCUCCCCACCCUGCAAAAACACCACCGCCAUCUUCAAACAUGUUCUCAGCGUGCCCCAGAAAGUCCUGAUCGUUUUCGACAGCUUCGACGACUUCAGGGACCCAGAGGGCCUUCUACAUUCGCCGGCCACUUGCAACACUAAGGAACGCUUCAGCGUCAAGCAACUGUUUGCCGGAAUAUUCCAGAAGAAGCUGCUCCGCGGAUGUACACUCUUGAUCUUGGCCAGGCCUAAGGGGGUCUUCAACCAGUUCUUGGCCAAGGUGGACAGAAUUGUGGAGCUCUGUGGCUACUCUCCGGAAAACAUCACGCUGUAUAUCUCGGAGUGUUUCAGAGACAGAGGUGAUAAGGCCCUGGAGAAACUGAAGAAGCAACGGUACCUAAGUAGCCGCUGCUCCAACCCACUCAUAUGCAGGUAUAUGUGCUUCCUUCUCAAGCACUCGGAGAGACUGCCCUCAACACUCACUAGCUUGUUCCAACAGGUGCUUGACAAAAAAAUGCACUCAGACACUCAAGGAGAAGAUUCCAAAAUGGCCCAGCAGAGGGCGCACUUGAGUAAGCUCUGCUGCAUAGCCUGGGCUGGGGUGAAGAACCACAAUUCCAUUCUGGAUCAGAAGGACACUGCAGAGCUGAAGGAAUUUGGGCUAAAAUGUGGACUGCUGACCACAUACCUCACCAGAGCGAAGGACUCUGAGGAGCGGCAGGGUCACGGGUUCGCCCACCCCCUGCUGCAGAGCUUCCUGGCCGCCCUGCACCUGGUGCAGUCCCGCGAUGUGAGCGACAAGGCGCUGGUGGCCCAGUUGACGGCACCUCAGAAGAGGCGGCGGCUGCUGACGGAUUGGCUGGAGGCCACGUGGCGCUUUGCCCUUGGCCUGCUCUUCCAGAAGGGCAGAGUAGAGGCGACGGCAGCGGUGGUGGCCAAGAAGGCAGCUGCUGCCAUGCACCUGCGGGGCCUGAAGCCCGGCGACCUGGGCCCCGCCCGGCUGAUGGAGCUGUGUCACUGCGUUUAUGAGGCUGCCGAUGCCGCCAUGACGCGGCACUUGGUCAGGAACCUUCCGGAAGACCUGCGCUUCUGCGGCAUCCAGCUCAGCUCCCCGGACGUCUUUGUCCUUCAGCACCUCCUACAGAAAGCCAGAGACAUGAAGAGGAGCUUCUCCAUCGACCUGCAGGACACCGGCAUUGGCCUCCAGGGCUUGAGAGACAUACUUGGGCUGAAGUGUGUCCAGUCAUUCAGGGCGUCGAUAGAGGACACAAUAAAUCUGUGGGAAGAUCUGCAGAAAAAAUGUGAAGAGAGGCUCUUGCAAAACACCAUCAGGAAGUUCACCAUCAGUCCCUUAAAAGCCACACAUCUGGACCACGUAGACCAUCUGAUCAUGCUGGUGCGGAUUUACAGAGGAGGGAAGAUAUCCACAGGUGAUCUGAGGUCAGAACCAGCAGUAGAAACCACCACCUUUGAUGUUCCCGCUGUUAGAAACCUUCAGAAACUGGAACUCAGCUUAGGCCCAUCAAAUGGACCCAUGGGCUUCACCAAGCUCAUGGAGGUCCUACCUGCACUGCAAUGGCUCCAGCAUCUUGAUCUCGAGGACAAUAAAAUCGGAGAUAGAGGAGCAGAAGAACUGGCGGCUGUUCUGUCAGCUUUGAGCUCUCUGGAAAUGCUGAAUUUGUCCCAGAACUGUAUCGGAGACAAAGGACUGGAGAAGCUGGCCCCAGCCCUGCCGUCACUGGUUUCGCUGCAUAGUCUCAGCCUGUACAGCAAUUUCAUCUGUGAUGGCGGGGCUGAGAGUCUGGCCAAGGUGCUGCCCGACAUCCAGUCACUGACAGACCUGGAUGUCAAGGAUAACAGGUUCACCAACGUUGGGGCACAGAGCCUGAGCCAUGGAUUGAAGAACGCACCAAGGAUGAAAACUGUGAGGAUGUGGAAUCAUUACAUUCCCCAUGGAGUACUUGAGCACCUCAAACAACAGGAUCCGAGGAUCAGGUCACUAUAGCUGAUAACUAUCGCACAAAGACAAAAACAAUGCACAAAAAACCUGACCGCACCACAGCGUGCAAACAACAAAUACUUUAUAGACAGGUCUAUUGAUCAAGAUUCCUUUCCAAAUUCCUGACUGUUUAUUAUACUGUAUACUACUUGUUUGGACACUAAAUGUAGAUACAAUUAUUUUGUGAGACACUGUUUUUACUAACAAUGAACUGAACUGCAGUAACAGCCUCAAUGUAAUCAUUGCAAUUAUGUUUGUAAUGAGGAUUAUCAUACCACAAUUCACUUUCUCCUGCAACUCCAACUACUUCCCAAUGGCAGCUAUUGAACUGUGAGUCUGAAUGUAUUUCUGCUGUUUAUGUUGUGUUGAAAUAUUUCUUGCAUUCUUGCUGUAAGCAUAAUUUUGACUGUUACUGCUAUUCUUCUACUAAAUGAGGUGGCUAAGGUGAGACGUAGCAAUAAAACAAAAUCAGUCUGCUGCUUUCGUUUUCAGAAUAAAGAUUUUAUACAUGAA